AUGAAUCUACAAAUAAGAAGCUACCAAAUUCUCUUAACUUCAAGCCACCAUCAUCGCUGCGCAGAGUCAGCCUCGCGCCGCUGCCUCGGAGUGCUGGAAAUGCAGGAGUUGGGUUGCCACUGGCCCAGCUAAAUGAAAUGGAUGGAGACGAAAGGAGUGACAAGUUCAACAGGAGACCAAGCAGUUGGGGACGACUAGGAGCAAAGCCGAAUGAGAAGCGUCCUUCACUACAGCGAUUCAUUAGCACAUACUCCUGGACAGAGUAUGAGGAAUGAACGUUCGAAACCAACAAUGAGGAGUCAGAAUCACCUCCUGAAGUAGAAGAGGAGAAAGCAAGGAAAGAAAGUAUCUCUGAAAAAAGGAAGUGUCCAUCAAAAUGGAGUCUCGAGUCAGCAUGCAACUUAAUGUCAUCUUGGGCAUCUCAUCUCAAGACCUCAUUUGGCAAUGCUAACAAAACUCUCUGGGUUUCUGUCUCCAUCCUGGUCCUGCUUGCUGCUCUCACAAGCUUCCUCACUGGGCUGUCUCUUCAAAGACCAGCAGAUGCAGCCCCUGUAGGAACAGGGGACUCCUGGACUUCACUACAGCAACUGUUGUGGCCCUAUACAGGACUCCAACACAACGGGCCACCACCAGUAUAACAGGUUCUGAGUUUCAGUUUGUAAAACUGAACUUCUCUGACCUAAGGCUGACUGUAUAAGAAGCUGAGAUAGAAUA